GGCGGCGCAGAUGACGUGGAGGUUUAGGGUAAUGUCAACAUGCGAUAUCGGCAGCAUCAAGCCUGAGGUGUAAUUUAUUCAGUGCUAGACAGGAACCUGCUUAGGUACUUUGUCGUCGUCGGGGCGACGGCAAUCACGUUGUCAGGAUCUAGUGUAAGGCACACCUGAUUGUGCUGGAUAUGGCUUCUUUUGACGACCUAAAAUUCCAAGAGUUUGAGGUGGCUGCAGACUUACUGUCUGCUAAUCCCAAUGCCUCCACUGUCAGUGCAUCUAGUAACAAUCCUGCUCCCAUCCAAGGAGAUUUCAAGUUGGAUCUGUCAGAGGAAGAGGCCGGCCAAGAGGAGAAUUCUGAGCUCCUUAAAGGGGAGAAACAAAUCGGGGGCUUCUGGACUUUUGAGUACUACCAGUCAUUCUUCAAUGUGGAUACCAUGCAGGUCUUGGACAGAAUCAGAGGCUCAGUGAUGCCUUUGCCACGGAGGAACUUCAUCAAGCACCACAUUCGGGGAAACCCUGAUUUAUAUGGACCCUUCUGGAUCUGUGCCACCUUGGUCUUCUCGAUGGCCAUCAGUGGGAACCUCUCCACCUUCCUCAGCAACCUGGGCCAGCCGCAGUACCAGUACAGGCCGCAGUUUCACCGAGUGACCAUAGCGGCUGUGGCUGUGUUUGUCUAUGCCUGGCUGGUGCCCCUGUGCGUGUGGGGCUUCCUGACGUGGCGUAAGGGGACCGAACCGCAGAUCAGCAGUUACUCAUUCCUGGAAACAGUCUGCGUCUAUGGAUAUUCGCUGUUCAUCUAUGUUCCCACUUCGGUGUUGUGGAUGAUUCCCUUGAACUGGCUUCAGUGGCUGUUGAUCGUGGUUGCCACGGCGAUCUCCGGCUCCUUGCUGGUCAUCACAUUCUGGCCCAUAGUCCGUGACGACACGAAGCUGACCGCCUUUGCUACCGUGACAGCCAUAGUCUUGCUCCACGGCCUGCUCGCCGUUGGCUGUAAGAUCUAUUUCUUCCAAACGGUGGCAGCACCAGCGCCGAGCUCACCUACGGUCCCCCCGCUUACCCAGAACCACAUGACACUGCUGACCAGCCUAACCAAGGGGCACUGACCAUGCGGGGGAGAACAGGAUGGGGGUUUAUGCAGAUGAUUUUGACCUCCUGCUAAUUCCAUACAUAAACUUGAUAAAUUGUUUCCACGUGGUUUCUUACACGGGUGGGGGAUUGAAAAUGACUUCCGAGAUGCAGCAUGCAUCUCAGCUCAGUCUGCAGAUGUUUCAAAAGCAGUUAUCUGAACUAGUAUCUCAAAAAAACAAGGAACGUUGCUGUGGUUUGGUGGUUGUCACAGGCUGAUAUGCAGAGAGCCCUGCGCAGCACAAUGCUCUUCAUGUGACAGGACUAGUGAUACGGACAGCAUGACCGACUUACAGGCUUCAAGGAACAUCUUUCUAGCGUCGACUAAUACUGUGAUUGCAAUUUUUGUAAUACUUUGUGUCUAUUUAUUAAACAUAGCUUGAGAUUUCAAGAGUU